AUCUAGCCUUCGUUUCAGCCAUUGUUGAACUGCGCCGGAAGUGGACAUGCACAAAGUUGACAAAUCCCGCCCAUGAAACCCGGAAGCGUGAUAAUCCCCUAUGUGGUGCUCACGCAUCGUUAGACAACGGUAAAAACUUGUAAACCUAUUAAUUAUUUAUCGUGUCAUACAUUUGUAUCUUGUAAAGAAAAAGUUUAAAUUGUGAUUUACUUCAUUACUUUUGUAUUGUUCGUACCUGUUAUCUCUAAGAGCUCCGAACUGUGAGGGUGUGUCGAGGCAUGCUAGCUGGUGAAGAAACUCUUUUGAUUAGCGCCCUUGGAGAGCGGAAUGAGUUUUCACGGUGUUCAUGGUGCUUAUGGUGCAUGGUGCUCGUUGAGAGGAAGAAAUAAAUCGACACCCGUCUGAAACUCUCUGCGUCUUGAUCAAUAAAUCCAAGGGGCCGCUACAGUGAAAACUCAUCGCUGCACCAGCCCUGCCAUCCGCGGUGAGAAGCUGACGCCAUCACAUCUGAGGUCCAACUACCAACCCGAUACCAGCCAGUUUACUUCACUUGCAUCCAACUCAUGCACCCAGGCAAGACUUAAAAUGGACAGCAUGCUUAAGGUACAACUAGAGAUGCAAAAAGAGACACUGGAUGCUAAGGAGCAAAAAGACUGAAAAAGGACUAUUUCUACAUAAGCAAGCUUACAGCAUAACUGAAGUUACUUAAAAAAUAACAUGGUAUUAUAAGGUCAAAAUAACUUGCGAACUAAUUCUCAGUCCGUAAUGCUUCUAAAAAAUUGUGACUAUUUCAGGAAACUCAUGUGCUUGUGUCAUGUCUGUCUAUGAAAAGGUUUGAAGGGUGAAUUUUGUUGUUACUGUUUUAUGCUAAAAAUCCCUAUGAAUGUCCAUAAUCUGUUAAUGCUAAAUAUAUAAAUAUUACUCUGUGGUAAAAGAUAACUACAGCUUACAAGUGUAAAUUCAAGCAUAGGACAAUCAAAGGCUACACUCGACUUAAAGCAGCAGCACAAACAAACAAGAUGUCACUUAAAGACACACCAUGUAGGUCCAGCUCACGUGAAAGAAAGCUAACAGAGAAAGGCCAAGAGAUGCAUGACCAAGACACCAGACAACGUGAGAAAGCAUUUAACAAGACCUAUGACUCUUGGAAGCUGGUAGCAAGGAAGACUAGGACAAAAUUAAAAACCCUCUGUUCAUCAGAAGACCUUAAUGAAUUACAGCAAGACAUUCAAGCAAAGCAUGAUGACGUAGGCAAGCAGUAUGAACCUAUCCUACGUAACAGUAACACCACACCAGAGAUCGUAAAGAAAAUGGAUGCCUGUGUUACGCUAACAAAGGACAUUUGUGACCUCAUAAGUAACCGUCUAGAGACUAUUAAUCAAGAUUAUAAUGACCAACUCGAGAAGGAAAGAGUAAGAGAAACAUUAAACAAAGAUGAAUAUGGGUCUGUCUUUGGCCACACCAAAACUGAAACCGUAAGCUCAGCAGAGUCACCGGAGAGAUUGAGCAACCACUCCAGCUCAGCCAGUACCCAUAGCAGUAGAUUAGAUGCACAAGCAGAGCUUGCAGCCAAGCUGGAACAGUCAAAAGCCAUGAAAGAAAUCCAAACACAGCAAGCACAUCUUCACAAGUUAGAGGGUGAAUGGAAACUUAAAGAGGCAAAAAUGUUGGCAGAAAUUAAACAAAAAGAGGUGGAAAUGCAACAACAGUUGGAACAAGAGAGAGCCAAAUUGCAGCAGUUACAAGCAGCAAAAGACGUUGCCAUAGCAGCAGCUCGUGUGAGAGCAUAUGACGAUUUUGAAGGUUUUGAGAACCACGAUGAGGAGAUUAAUGACAGAAAGGAAACUGAACCUCGAUUAAAUCCUGAUGCUACAUCAUUCCAAUCUCGCCAAGCUGCUCCUGAAGUGACGAUGACUCAGGAGUCUGUCAGUCUAGCUCAAGCAAUCGCCAGCUCACUAAGCAUGAACCGCUUGCCGGUCCCUGAACCAACCACGUUCAGUGGUAACCCUUUACAGUUUACAGACUGGAAGAUGUCAUUCAUGGCUCUUAUUGACAGAAAACCCCUCCCACCAAGUGAGAAGAUGUUUUACCUCAAAAAUUAUCUUGCUGGAGAGGCGCGCAAAGCGGUAGAAGGUUUCUUUUAUCGAGAUUCAGAGAGUGCAUACAAUGGAGCAUGGAAAGUCUUACAAGACAGAUAUGGGAACCCGUUCAUCAUACAAAAGGCUUUCCGAGAUAAGCUCAUGAGAUGGCCAAAGAUCAACACAAACGACCCACUAGCACUACAAGAGUUUGCUGACUUCCUCCAAGGCUGCACUGAAGCAAUCCCACACGUCAAAGGACUAGCUAUCCUUAACGAUUGUGAGGAAAACCACAAGUUGCUCAAAAAACUACCAGAAUGGAUCGUGCGCAAGUGGAGUCGAAUUGUCGUAGAUGAACUUGACACAUCUGGGAGCUAUCCUGAUCUUGCAUGCUUCACAAAUUUCCUGAGCAAAGAGGCACGGAUAGCCUGUAACCCAAUUGCUUCUCCAUUGUUGAUAAAUUUCAAGACCACAGAUGAAAGAUCACCAAAGAGAGCCAAGGCUCUCAACACAAAUAUACAUACAAAGACUUUCGUUCAGGAGAAACAAGAAACAAACGGCAGUAAACCAAAUUACCCUUGCUCCGUCUGUAAAAGUGAAGCUCAUAACAUCACCAAGUGUCCCACCUUCGCAGCAAAGAGUGGUGAAGACAAAAAGGCAUUCAUCUGUGAAAAUCGGCUCUGCUUUGGGUGCUUGAGGAAGGGUCACAUGACCAAAGAUUGUAAGAGGCGACACACAUGCAACAUAUGUAGCCGUCGUCACCCAACCUGCUUGCACGAAGACAGGAAACAAAGACCUGUAGAAGCAACAAUGAAUCGCUCCACUUCCACAGAAAACCAUGCAAGCCUGGAAACGCACACGGUCGUAUCCCAUGCAUCAACACAACGUGCUUCUGCUACCUCAAGUAUCGUCCCAGUCCUUGUGUCUUCAAUACAAGAGCCACACAGAGAAGUACUUACGUACGCAAUACUGGAUACACAGAGUGACUCAACGUUUGUCUUAGAAGAUGUACUUAACAAACUGAAUGUUGAUGCCCAACCAGUAAAACUGAAAUUAAGUACUAUGACAGCUAUUGACACAAUCAUAUCGAGCAAGAACGUCCAUGGUCUACAAGUUCGAGGACUGCACUCUAAGAACCACAUCCAAGUACAGCAGGCCUAUAGCCGUGACUUUAUCCCGGUGGACAAGUCUUACGUCCCAACGAAGGAAACCGCAUUACUGUGGCCUCAUCUCAGACAUUUGGCAGAUAAGCUACCACCCCUUCAAGACUGUGAUGUAGGGCUCCUGAUUGGAUAUGACUGUCCAUCAGCACUAGCACCUACUGAGGUUAUCAUUGGAGAGAAAAAUCAACCCUUUGCACAGAGAUCAGAACUAGGAUGGAGUAUCAUAGGCUCAGCAAACCCCCACCUAGACAGACAAGGAAGUCAGAGCUUUGUGCAUCGGCUCACAGUAAAAGAACUGCCAAUUCCAUCAGCGACAGAUGUUCUAAAAGCCCUGGAAUCAGACUUCACUGAGAGAACUUAUGAAGAUAAAUGUGUCCCAGAAUGAUGUUUGUUUCAUACAGUUCCUCAGUGACAACAUCACACAGAAAAAGG